CCUGCGCGGCUGCGCACGUUCCAUCUCCGCGCCUUUUUCGCGGAGCAGAACCAGAAAGAGAACGGGCGCCUGAUUUCUGGGCAUUGCGCCCGGCGCGAGGUGCGGGAUGGAGAGCAAGGCGCUGCUGGCCCUUGCUCUGUGGUUCUGCGUGGAGACUCGGGCUGCCUCUGUGGGUUUUUCUAGUGUUUCCCUUGAUCCACCCAGGCUCAGCAUCCAAAAAGACAUACUUACAAUUAUGGCUAACACAACGCUUCAGAUCACUUGCAGAGGUCAGAGGGAGUUGGACUGGCUCUGGCCCAACAAUCAGAGUGGCUCUGAGAAAAGAGUGGAGGUCACAGAUUGCAGCGACAGCUUCUUCUGUAAGAUGCUCACAAUUCCAGAAGUGAUUGGAAAUGAUACUGGCGCCUACAAGUGCUUCUACCGGGACACUGACGUGGCCUCCGUUGUUUAUGUGUAUGUUCAAGAUUACAGGUCUCCGUUUAUUGCUUCUGUUAGCGACCAACAUGAAGUUGUAUACGUCACUGAGAACAAAAACAAAACUGUGGUAAUUCCAUGUUUGGGGACUGUUUCCAACCUCAAUGUGUCACUUUGUGCAAGGUAUCCAGAAAAAAGAUUUGUUCCUGAUGGGAACAGAAUUUCCUGGGACAGCAAGAAAGGCUUCAGUAUUCCCAGCUCUAUGAUCAGUUAUGCUGGCGUGGUCUUCUGUGAAGCAAAAAUCAAUGAUGAAAGCUACCAGUCUAUUAUGUACAUAAUUGUGGUUAUAGGGUACAAGAUCUAUGAUGUGGUUCUGAGCCCCCCUCAUGGAGUCGAGCUGUCUGUUGGAGAGAAGCUCGUCUUAAAUUGUACGGCACGAACUGAGCUAAAUGUGGGGAUCGACUUCCACUGGGAAUACCCUUCUUUGAAGCAUCAGCAUAAAAAACUUAUAAACCGGGACCUAAAAACCCAGUCUGGGACGGAAAUGAAGAAGUUCUUGAGCACCUUGACUAUAGAUGGUGUAACCCGGAGUGACCAGGGGUGGUAUAUCUGUGCAGCUUCCAGUGGGCUGAUGACCAAGAAGAACAGUACGUUCGUCCGGGUACAUGAAAAGCCUUUUGUUGCUUUCGGGAGUGGCAUGGAAUCCUUGGUGGAAGCCACCGUGGGGGAGCGUGUCAGAGUCCCUGUCAAGUACCUUGGUUACCCUCCUCCAGAAAUAAAAUGGUAUAAAAAUGGAAAGCCCAUUGAGUCCAAUCACACAAUGAAAGUGGGGCAUGUGCUGACUAUUAUGGAAGUGAGUGAAAGAGAUACGGGAAAUUACACUGUCAUUCUUACCAACCCCAUUUCAAAGGAGAAACAGAGCCACAUGGUGUCUCUGGUGGUGAAUGUCCCACCUCAGAUCGGUGAGAAGUCGCUGCUGUCUCCCGUGGACUCUUACCAGUAUGGCACCUCCCAAACGCUGACGUGCACGGUCUAUGCUGUCCCCACUCCAAGUCACAUUCGCUGGUACUGGCAGCUGGAGACAGAGUGCACCUAUCCGCCCGCCCUCGCUGCCUUAACAACAAACCCAUACACUUGUAAGGAAUGGAGAAAUGUGGAGGACUUCCAGGGGGGAAACAAAAUUGAAGUCAACAAAAAUCAGAUUGCCCUAAUUGAAGGAAGAAACAAAACUGUAAGUACUCUUGUUAUCCAAGCGGCCAAUGUGUCUGCUUUGUAUAAAUGUGAAGCAGUGAACAAAGCUGGAAGAGGAGAGAGGGUUAUCUCCUUCCAUGUGACCAGGGGUCCUGAAAUCACGUUGCAACCCGGCACCCAGCCCACCGAGCAGGAGAGUGUGUCUCUGUGGUGCUCCGCGGACAGAACUAUGUUUGAGAACCUCACGUGGUACAAACUCGGCCCACAGGCCCUGCCCAUCCACAUGGGUGAUUUACCCACACCUGUCUGCAAGAACUUGGAUGCUCUUUGGAAAAUGAAUGCCACCAUGAUCUCUAACAGCACAAAUGACAUCUUGAUCAUGGAGCUGCAGAAUGCAUCCUUGCAGGACCAAGGAGACUAUGUCUGCUUUGCUCAGGACAGGAAGACUAAGAAAAGACAUUGUGUGGCCAGGCAGCUCACAGUCCUAGAGCGCAUGGCACCCAUGAUCACGGGAAACCUGGAGAAUCAGACGACAAGUAUUGGUGAAACCAUUGAAGUUUCCUGCACAGCAUCUGGGAAUCCCUCUCCACAGAUUACGUGGUUUAAAGAUAAUGAGACGCUUGUGGAGGACUCAGGCAUUGUGCUGAAAGAUGGGAACCGAAACCUAACUAUCCGCAGGGUGAGGAAGGAGGAUGAAGGCCUGUACACGUGCCAGGCGUGCAGUGUCCUUGGGUGUGCAAAAGUGGAGGCGUUUUUCAUAGUAGAAGGUGCCCAGGAAAAGACAAACUUGGAAGUCAUUAUUCUAGUAGGCACUGCAGUGAUUGCCAUGUUCUUCUGGCUGCUUCUUGUCAUCGUUCUACGGACCGUUAAGCGGGCCAAUGGAGGGGAACUGAAGACGGGCUACUUAUCCAUCGUCAUGGAUCCAGACGAACUCCCCUUGGAUGAGCACUGUGAACGCCUGCCUUAUGAUGCCAGCAAAUGGGAAUUCCCCAGAGACCGGCUGAAACUAGGUAAGCCUCUUGGUCGUGGUGCCUUUGGACAAGUGAUUGAAGCAGAUGCCUUUGGAAUUGACAAGACAGCAACCUGCAAGACAGUGGCUGUCAAAAUGUUGAAAGAAGGAGCAACACACAGUGAACACCGAGCCCUCAUGUCUGAACUCAAGAUCCUUAUUCAUAUCGGCCACCAUCUCAACGUGGUCAACCUUCUUGGUGCCUGUACCAAGCCCGGGGGGCCACUCAUGGUGAUUGUGGAAUUCUGCAAGUUUGGAAACCUGUCGACUUACUUAAGAAGCAAGAGAAAUGAAUUCGUCCCCUACAAGACCAAAGGGGCACAGUUCCGGCAGGGGAAAGAAUACGUCGGGGAGAUCACCGUGGAUCCUAAACGCCGCUUAGACAGCAUCACCAGCAGCCAGAGUUCAGCCAGCUCUGGGUUUGUUGAGGAGAAGUCCCUCAGUGAUGUGGAGGAGGAGGAAGUUUCUGAAGAUCUGUACAAGGACUUCUUGACCUUGGAGCAUCUCAUCUGUUACAGCUUCCAAGUGGCCAAGGGCAUGGAGUUUUUGGCAUCACGGAAGUGUAUCCACAGGGACCUGGCAGCACGGAACAUCCUCUUGUCGGAAAAGAACGUGGUUAAAAUCUGUGACUUUGGCUUGGCCCGGGAUAUUUAUAAAGACCCAGAUUAUGUCAGAAAAGGAGAUGCUCGCCUCCCUUUGAAGUGGAUGGCCCCAGAAACGAUUUUUGACCGAGUGUACACAAUUCAGAGUGACGUGUGGUCUUUCGGAGUCCUGCUCUGGGAGAUAUUUUCCUUAGGUGCUUCUCCAUAUCCUGGAGUAAAGAUUGAUGAGGAAUUUUGUAGGCGACUGAAAGAAGGAACUAGAAUGAGAGCCCCUGAUUACACCACACCAGAAAUGUACCAGACCAUGCUUGACUGCUGGCAUGGGGAUCCCAAUCAGAGACCCACGUUUUCAGAGCUGGUGGAGCACCUGGGAAAUCUGUUACAAGCUAACGCUCAGCAGGAUGGCAAAGACUACAUUGUUCUUCCCAUAUCAGAGACUUUGAGCAUGGAAGAGGAUUCGGGACUCUCUCUGCCUACCUCACCUGUUUCCUGUAUGGAGGAAGAGGAAGUAUGUGACCCCAAAUUCCAUUAUGACAACACAGCAGGAAUCAGGUAUGGUCUAAGGUCAACAUCCCCUGGGGGGAAGGGGCUUCAAGGUCAUCCUGGGGAGGCGGGUGGAGGAAGGACGUUGUAUGAAGUUGCUGCUUCUCACUUGCGCGUUCACCCUUGGCUCUGAGAGGUCCC